GAAACCCACACACAGCGGUCGCCAUAGUGAUUGAAUUUUGUUUGAUUGCGAAGAAAAGCAUCGCAAAUUCCUAAACACAAACAAGAUGAUCAUCUUCAUCAUCAACUUCCUUCCAGUUUCUCCAUUCCCUAAUUCCCCUUAAUCACAUUACAAUUCUAAAACAUGGCUUCUUUUUUCCUCCAUUAUUACAACCCAUCAAGCUUCCGUUCGUUGAGUCGCUCCUUUCGCUUGCGAUCCAAGUCUACCACUGCUCCGUCAACCUCAACCAUCUUCUCUUCUUCUUCUUCUUCUUCUUCUUCUCUUCUUCUAUCGCGCCUUUGAUGGCCAUGAUCCUCUCUCUUCAACCUUAUUCCGGAUCUCAGUUGCAGGUCCACUCCCAUAUCCAGAAUCUCGAUAUCACCUUCAACAUCGACAACGACAAUCGUCUUCAUAUUCCCGCAUGGACCCCGCUGCUUCUCGUCCCGCUGUAGUAAUCGAUAAUGGAACCGGAUAUACUAAAAUGGGGUUUGCCGGUAAUGUAGAGCCGUGUUUUAUCGUUCCUAGUGUAGUUGCAGUUAAUGAAUCGUUCUUAAACCAAUCGAGAAACUCGUCGAAGGCUAACUGGCUUGCGCAGCAUAAUGCUGGUGUAAUGGCAGAUCUUGAUUUCUUUAUUGGAGAUGAGGCGCUUGCGAAGUCGAGAUCUAGUAGUACUUAUAAUCUUAGUUAUCCGAUUCGAAAUGGUCAGGUUUAUAAUUGGGAUGCCAUGGAGCGGUUCUGGCAGCAGUGUAUAUUCAAUUAUUUACGGUGUGAUCCGGAGGAUCAUUAUUUUCUUUUGACUGAGAGCCCUCUUACGGCGCCUGAGAGUCGAGAGUAUACGGGUGAAAUAAUGUUCGAGACAUUCAAUGUUCCGGGGCUUUAUAUUGCUGUCAAUUCCGUGCUUGCUCUUGCUGCUGGUUAUACUACAUCUAAGUGUGAGAUGACAGGAGUUGUAGUGGACGUUGGAGAUGGGGCUACUCAUGUUGUGCCUGUUGCAGAUGGCUAUGUUAUUGGAAGCAGCAUUAAGUCAGUUCCCAUUGCUGGCAAAGACGUGACUCUCUUUGUCCAACAGCUCAUGAAGGAAAGAGGAGAAAAUGUACCACCUGAGGACUCUUUUGAAGUGGCCCGAAAAGUGAAGGAAAUGUAUUGCUAUACCUGUUCUGACAUUGUCAAGGAGUUCAAUAAGCAUGAUAAGGAGCCAGGCAAGUAUCUAAAGCACUGGAAGGGUAUUAAACCCAAGACUGGCGCACCAUAUUCUUGUGAUAUUGGCUAUGAACGAUUUCUUGGCCCGGAGGUGUUCUUCAAUCCUGAAAUUUAUAGCAGCGAGUUUACCACCCCUUUGCCUGCUGUAAUAGACAGGUGUAUUCAAUCUGCUCCAAUUGAUACCAGAAGAGCGUUGUACAAGAAUAUAGUACUAUCUGGAGGUUCAACAAUGUUCAAGGACUUCCAUAGGAGGUUACAAAGAGACUUGAAGAAAAUCGUGGACGCUCGAAUCCUUGCUUCUGAAGCUAGAUUAGGAGGAGAAAUAAAAUCGCAUCCAGUGGAAGUCAAUGUUGUAAGCCAUCCCAUCCAGAGAUUUGCCGUCUGGUUUGGAGGCUCCGUUCUUGCAUCAACUCCCGAGUUUUUUGCGGCUUGUCAUACAAAAGCGGAAUAUGAGGAGUACGGUGCAAGCAUAUGCCGCACGAAUCCUGUUUUCAAAGGAAUGUACUGAUGCAAAGAUCCUUGAGCUUUUUGACCUUUGGGUGGGUAGUAUAGUCCCUGACUUAUGUUGGAUCAGAUGCUUUGCCGUUUCCCCUUGAGCGUGCACCUCGGUUCGAUUGCUAUUCUUGCAGCCUUUGGUAGAGGAGAGGGGUGUACAUGGGUGAUGUAAAAUAUGAUCAUUUUGUGUAAAAUUUGUACGAAAUGUGGUUUCAUUACUUCAAUUCUUUCAUUGGGGGCCAGGUUUUUCUAAAAUUUAGCAAUUGGUCCAAAAUUUAGCCUUUCUUUUCUUCCUCAUGUAGAUGGGCGUUGAUAAAUCCUAUAGAAAAAUUCAGCAUUUCAGUGAAUUUUAUUAGAUGAGCUGAAUUGCAUGUUUUUUGGCGUUCAGCUUAGGUGAAGGUCUCAAAAAGAAAGUUUAUUUUCUUA